CGAACUUCAAGACACCGGUGAGUAUGCUAUUCUGUCGUCCCGAGGGACACUAGGAUGCCAGACGCUGUUCGUAGGGGCUGUGGAGGAUGGGAAUCGACGAUUUGGAAGCGGCUGAGGGGAUGAAAAGGGUGGAUGGAAUGCGAGGCUGUGGGAUGAACCUCAAGCGCAUGGUCUGACUUCCUCUCUCUUCCCUUUAGGUUUCUUCGUCCAAUUUUCGCCUGCUAUGUCUCUUGUAGUCCCCGAAGCCCACCAGCAGUUUCAACACAUCUUGCGUCUCCUCAACACCAAUGUCGAUGGCAAGCGCAAGGUCAUGUAUGCCUUGACCGAGAUCAAGGGUGUUGGUCGUCGCUACGCUAACAUCGUCUGCAAGAAGGCGGAUGUUGACCUAAAUAAGCGUGCCGGCGAGCUCAACUCGGACGAGCUUGAGCGUCUUGUCACCAUCAUCCAAAACCCACUACAAUUCAAGGUUCCUACAUGGUUCUUGAACAGGCAACGGGACAUUGUCGAUGGCAAGACUAGCCAGAUUCUCUCCAACGGCGUCGACUCAAAGCUCCGUGACGACUUGGAACGUCUGAAGAAGAUCCGGGCGCACCGCGGUCUCCGUCAUUUCUGGGGCCUUCGCGUCCGUGGCCAGCACACCAAGACAACUGGCCGUCGUGGUAAGACUGUCGGUGUCUCCAAGAAGCGUGGUUAGACGUCUUGCAGUUUUGUUGUUCUCCUCUUCAUGCCUGUAUCGCACAUUACCUGUACAUGCCUUCAUUUUCUUAUUCUAUACUGAGCACUGGCUGUCAACGCGAGCUUAGUUGCCUACAAAGCUGUCACAUCAGUGAGAGCAACCCCUCGGCGCUUCGCGAACUUUCGCGGCGUAUCUGGCCACGCUUUUUAAACUAGUUGAUAUUCCGUCA